UCAAGCUCGCAAUUGCUCACUAUGCAGCGCGACAUCACGCUCGGCAGCUCCAACCACCAGCUCGGCGCGGCAGCGGACGUGGGUUUUGACGGUACACCGACCAACGAGCGUCGCUUUCACAAGAAACGCAGCUCUCGCCGGCGUAUGCGGAUCUCCAAGGAAUCCAUGAACCGUCUGGUGAUGGACUAUCUCGUCGGCAAAGGAUAUCGAGAAGUGGCCGAAGCAUUCUGGCGCGAUUCCGGCACUAAACCCCACGUGGACUUGCAGUCGGUGCAGGAGCGAAUGAGCAUCCAGCAACUGCUACUGAAGGGUCAGAUCCAGAAGGCACGUGGCAAACUGGCCAAUAUGGACCCCGAGUUCCUCGAGAAAAAUAGCGGCAUGGACUUCUUGCUGGCUAAGCAGGAGCUCAUCGAGUUGAUCAAGGUCCACGACAUUGAAGAGGCUCUGCAGUUUGCCAUUAAGAACCUCGCACCGUUCGGACAAAAGAGUCCCCAAUUCCUUCACGAGAUCGAACGGACGAUGUCCGUCAUCGCGUUCAAAAACCCGUCCGAGUCGCCUCUCGGCCAUCUGUUGGAACAGGCCCAACGCCGUCGUGUGGCUGACGAAGUGAACUCGGCAAUCUUGCGCAGUCAAAAGCAGGAGCUUGAGCCCUUGCUGCCUUCGAUGGUCCAGCAAUUCCACUACAUGGAGGACCAACUGGAAGCCAAGCUCAGUCGCCGCUCGCAAGGUAUUCGACGGCCGCGUUGA